AUGAAUCGCCUGCAAGGCAAAGUCGCCAUCGUUACCGGCGCGGGAUCAGGCUUCGGAGCCGGGAUCUCGCAAGCCUUCGCUGCCGAAGGUGCCAAAGUGCUCGUAUGCGACAUCAACCAGGCCGGCGGUGAGGCGACCGUCCAAUCGAACCCCUCCGUGAUGGCGUUCCUCAAGAUGGAUGUCACGAAAGCGAGCGAUUGGAAGGCAACAAUAGACGCCGCAAUCCAGAAAUGGGGUAAGGUGGAUAUUCUGGUGAACAAUGCGGGGACGAGCUACAAGAACAAGCCUACCGUAGAUGUCACGGAGGAGGAAUUCCAGAAGACAUUUGACGUUAACGUCAAGGGCGUCUAUCUUGGGUGCAACGCAUGGGUCCCGCAGGCUAUCGAGAGGAAAGAGGGAGGUGUCAUAAUCAACAUCGCGAGCGUUGGUGCUACUAGGCCUCGACCAGGACUUGUGUGGUAUAACGCUUCCAAAGGUGCCGUAUGGAAUGCUACCAAAGGACUCGCAGCCGAAUAUGGACCACAUCAAAUUCGAGUCGUGAGCAUCUGCCCGCUGGUCACUGGAACUGGGUUGUUCUCCUCCUUUACCGGCGUUGAGGACACGCCAGAGAAUCGGCAGAAGUUCAUCUUCAACGUGCCGAUGGGCCGGAUUGGUGAGGUUGAUGAUGUCACGUCAGCAUGCGUCUUCAUGGCUAGUUCCGAGGCGAAAUUCAUCACUGGUGUUAAUUUGGAAGUUGAUGGCGGCAGAUGUAUCUAG